AUGGAGACUGUUGAUAAACUCCGAAGCGAAAUCGCAAAGCGAGAAGCUGAGCUUGUAGAUCUACGCUCCCAACUCGCAGCCGCAGAAUCCGAAGCUCGCGAGACUGAAACACAAGAGUCAUGGAAAUGGCCUCUUAACAACCACGAAUAUGAGCGCUACAGCAGACAAAUGAUUGUCCCCAAUUUCGGGCUCCAAGGUCAACUGCGCUUGCGAAAGGCCAAGGUACUGCUUGUUGGCGCUGGAGGUUUGGGAUGUCCUGCUGCGGCGUACUUAGCUGGCUCGGGCGUUGGAACGAUUGGCCUCGUUGACGGUGAUGAAGUUGAGGUUUCCAAUUUGCAUCGUCAAAUUGCGCAUUCAACCGGACGUGUGGGCAUGAGCAAGGUGCAGAGCGCAAUCACCUAUCUUCAAGAGCUUAACCCGACGAUAACUUAUCAUGCGUACAACACUCAUCUUACACCUCAAAACGCCCAGGAUAUUGUGUCCGAAUAUGAUUUGGUACUAGACUGCACGGAUCAUCCCACGUCUCGCUAUCUCAUCUCGGAUAUUUGCGUUCUUCUAUCAAAGCCUCUCGUCUCGGCGUCUGCAUUCCAAACAUCUGGCCAACUAAUCAUUCUUAACAACCCCCCUGGCAAAGGUCCCUGCUAUCGUUGUGUCUUUCCUACCCCGCCACCUCCAGACAGUGUGGUAGGAUGUGGUGAAGGCGGUAUCAUUGGGCCAAUUGUUGGUACUAUGGGUGUUUUACAAGCUCUUGAGGCGAUCAAGUUGAUUUCGAGAGGUGAUCUUGAGAUUCAUGGAGAAGCCAAGACACCCAUGCUGUUGCUUUUCACAGGCACCGCAGACACACCGUUCCGAUCUGUCAGGAUGAGAGGGAAGAGAAAGACCUGCUUGGCUUGUGGUGAUGAAAAUGGAUUGACGCUGGAAGAGCUCAAGACAUCAAUGGAUUAUGUCCAGUUUUGCGGUGUCAGACAACCAGUUCAAUUGCUUACCCCCGAAGAGCGAGUAACGGCAAAGGAGUAUGAGACGAUAUCAAAAUCAGGGUAUAAGAGCUUGUUGAUUGAUGUUCGAGAAAAGGAACAUUUCGACCUCUGCAAUAUCUCGGGUUCAAUCAACGUCCCCAUCAGUCGCUUCAUGAGCGCUCGUGGUGAGGCCACACCCGAAGGUUGGCCAAGCGAUCUAUCACCAUCUACACCCAUAUAUCUGGUAUGCAGAGUUGGAAACGACUCACAGAUUGCUGCGCAGAAACUCAAGUCUCUGGGUGUCGGAAACAAUGGGAAACGGUUCAUUGGUGAUAUUUCUGGCGGAAUCAAGUCAUGGAAAGACACUGUCGAUCCUACUGUACCUUUUAUAUAA